GGGCAGGAGCGGCCUGGCGCUUCGCCGUGAGCGCCAUGAGGCUGAGGAGGGCGCCUGGGAUCAGGCAGGGAGAACGCGGGAGCGUGUGAAGAGGCGCCUGUGUAAAGGUGUCCCGUCACAGCCUCGGGGGGCCCGGCCCCUCGGGCAGGUGUUUCUCGGAAGCAUCAGAACUCAGCGGAGCGUGGAGGUCACGGUGGGACAGAAUCUCGGCUGGCAGCUCUGAAGUGAGGGCCUUCAAAACCUGAGGUGUUAACGUUUCUGUGACGCUGUCCUCGCACAGAGAGUACCACGGACGGGAUGGGUGUACAGGAAUGUGGCGAAGCCAGAGAGUGUAUCCGAUCACAUGUACAGGAUGGCGGUGAUGGCUUUGGUGACCGAAGACAAAAGCCUUAACAAGGACAGAUGCAUACGAUUAGCUUUGGUUCACGAUAUGGCUGAAUGCAUUGUUGGAGAUAUUGCUCCUGCAGAUAAUAUAUCAAAAGAGGAAAAACACAGGAAAGAAAAGGCAGCUAUGCGACAACUGACCCAUCUUCUAUCAGAGGACCUCAGAAAAGAAAUUUAUGAACUCUGGGAAGAAUAUGAAAACCAGUGUACUGCAGAAGCCAAGUUUGUAAAACAGUUGGAUCAGUGUGAGAUGAUACUGCAAGCAUUUGAGUAUGAAGAGUUGGAAAACACACCUGGCAGACUGCAGGAUUUUUACGAUUCAACUGCUGGGAAGUUUGUUCACCCAGAAAUACUCCAGCUUGUAUCUCUGAUUAACACAGAAAGGAAUAAAAAAAAAGCAGCUACAUCUCAUCCACAUUCCUGAGGUGUUCCUAAAUGCUGUAGCUAUAAUAAAUACUUUGUUUUAUAU